AUGCUGGCGGUGGGGCAGAUGGAUGGCACCCCCCGGCAGAGCGCCUUCCUGCUCAGCAGCCCGCCGCUGGCCGCCUUGCACAGCAUGGCCGAGAUGAAGACCCCCCUCUACCCGUCGGCGGGGUACCCCCUGCCGCCCCCCGCCGGGCCUUCCUCCCUGUCGUCGUCCUCCUCCUCUUCCUCGUCGGCCUCCGCCUCGCCCUCCCCUCCGCUGGGCUCCCCCCCGACGCCGGCGGGCCUCAAGCCCCCCAACGCGGGGGCCCUGUCGGCGCUGGGCUCCCCCCCGCCGCAGCUGUCGGCCGCCACCCCGCACGGCAUCAACGACAUCCUCAGCCGGCCGUCCAUGCUCCCCGGCGCCGUCGUCUCGGCCGCCUCCGCCUCCUCGUCGUCCGCCUCGGCCUCUCCCGCCGCCGCCGCCGGCCUCCUGGCGGGCCUGCCCCGCUUCAGCAGCCUCAGCCCCCCGCCGCCUCCGCCGGGCCUCUACUUCAGCCCCAGCGCCGCCGCCGCCGUCGUGGGGCGCUACCCCAAGCCGCUGGCCGAGCUGCCCGGCAGGACCCCCAUCUUCUGGCCGGGGGUCAUGCAGAGCCCGCCCUGGAGGGACGCCCGGCUCGCCUGCACGCCGCACCAAGGCUCGAUUUUGCUCGACAAAGACGGCAAGAGGAAACACACCCGGCCGACUUUCUCCGGCCAGCAGAUUUUCGCCUUGGAAAAGACUUUUGAGCAAACCAAGUAUUUGGCCGGACCGGAACGGGCCCGCCUGGCCUACUCGCUGGGCAUGACCGAGAGCCAAGUCAAGGUGUGGUUCCAGAACCGCCGGACCAAGUGGCGCAAGAAGCACGCGGCCGAGAUGGCGACGGCCAAGAAGAAGCAGGACUCGGAGACGGAGCGCCUGAAGGGGGCCUCGGAGAACGAGGAGGAGGACGACGACUACAACAAGCCCCUCGACCCCAACUCGGACGACGAGAAGAUCACGCAGCUGCUGCAGAAGCACAAGAGCGGCGCGGCCGGCGGCGCCAGCCAGCUCCUGCUCCACACGUCGGAGACCGACGGCUCCUCCUAG